GCCUUGCCCAUUAGCUGUUGUCUUAGUUCAAGAUUUUGUUUUUGCCAAGUCUCAACAGCGAAAACAUAGUGAGAAGAUACCAAAAACCAGCCGUCCAAAGCAUAAACAGGCAAAAAUAGCUAAAGGGUGUUUUUAAUUUCUCAUCAUUUUUUCAGUACAAGGUAAAAAUGGGAGUUCCUUCAGGUUUAAUUCUUUGUGUUCUGAUCGGAGCUUUUUUCAUUACAAUGGCGGCUGCCGGAGAUAGUGGGGCCUACGAUUGGGUGAUGCCGGCGAGAUCUGGUGGGGGAUGCAACGGGAGUAUUGGAGAGUGCAUGGCUGAAGAAGAGGAGUUUGAGCUGGACAGUGAGUCAAACAGGCGCAUUUUAGCCACCAAAAAGUACAUCAGCUAUGGUGCGCUGCAGAAGAACAGUGUACCUUGUUCUCGCCGUGGAGCCUCGUAUUACAACUGCAAACCUGGUGCUCAGGCUAAUCCUUACUCUCGUGGUUGCAGUGCUAUCACUCGUUGCAGGAGUUAAGUUCUGUAUUUCUCUUCUUCUUCCACAAAAUCCAAAAAAAUGUAUUUUUCCUGGUAAAUUGAAUUUUUCUUUUUCCUUUUUUUUUUGAGAUGGGGUUGCUUGGUAUACGAAUGAGGAGAGAAGAUGUUGAUGGGAAUUGAUUGUUGUCAUAAACUUUUUUAUUUUUUUAAUUUUUUUUCGGAUGAUGUUUUUAUAUACAACUUAUAGUAACUGAAUUUGUCUGUCAAUAAUUCAAUUCAACAUACUCCUAGUAUUACAAGUUUU